GGAGCGAUGCCGGUGCGCCGGGGCCAUGUGGCCCCCCAAAACACCUACCUGGACACCAUCAUUCGCAAAUUUGAAGGACAAAACCGCAAGUUCCUCAUUGCCAACGCCCAGAUGGAGAACUGUGCCAUCAUCUACUGCAACGACGGCUUCUGCGAGAUGUUCGGCUACUCCCGCGUGGAGGUGAUGCAGCAGCCCUGCACCUGCGACUUCCUCACCGGCCCCGACACCACCAAGAGCUCCAUCGCCCAGCUCACCCAGGCCCUGCUCGGCUCCGAGGAGUGCAAGCUCGAGAUCCUCUACUACCGCAAAGACACGUCGUGUUUCCGCUGCCUGGUGGAUGUGGUGCCUGUGAAGAACGAGGAAGGCGUCGUCAUCAUGUUCAUCCUCAACUUCGAGGAUCUGGCACAGCUCAUCGCCAAGAGCACCGGGCGGAGCCUGCACCAGCGCCUGUCGCACAGCUGGAACAAAGAGGCUUCCCAUGUCAAACCCAACCCCCCGAACUCCACGUCGGACUCGGACCUCAUGAAGUACAGGACCAUCAGCCAGAUCCCCCAGUUCACGCUCAACUUCGUGGAGUUCAACCUGGAGAAGCACCGCUCGGGCUCCACCACAGAGAUUGAGAUAAUUGCUCCCCACAAGGUGAUGGAGCGCACCCAGAACGUCACCGAGAAGGUCACGCAGGUGCUGUCCCUGGGCGCUGACGUCCUUCCUGAGUACAAGCUGCAGGCGCCGCGCAUCCACCGAUGGACCAUCCUGCACUACAGCCCCUUCAAGGCCGUGUGGGACUGGCUCAUCCUCCUGCUGGUCAUCUACACAGCCGUCUUCACCCCCUACUCAGCCGCCUUCCUGCUCAACGAGGAGCAGGUGGAGGAGAAGCGCUGGGACUGCAGCUACUCCUGUGACCCACUCAACAUCAUUGACCUCAUCGUGGACAUCAUGUUCAUCGUGGACAUUGUCAUCAACUUCCGCACCACCUACGUCAACAUCAACGACGAGGUGGUGAGCCACCCCGGCAAGAUCGCCAUUCAUUACUUCAAGGGGUGGUUCCUCAUUGACAUGGUGGCUGCCAUCCCCUUCGACCUGCUCAUCUUCCGCUCUGGCUCUGAUGAGACCACCACCCUCAUUGGCCUCCUGAAGACUGCCCGCUUGCUGCGCCUGGUGCGCGUGGCGCGGAAGCUGGACCGGUACUCGGAGUACGGAGCAGCCGUGCUCUUCCUGCUCAUGUGCACCUUCGCCCUCAUCGCCCACUGGCUGGCCUGCAUCUGGUACGCCAUCGGCAACGUGGAGCGGCCCUACAUGGAGCACAAGAUCGGCUGGCUGGACAACCUGGGUGACCAGAUCGGCAAGCGCUACAACGACAGCGACCUCUCCUCUGGGCCGUCCAUCAAGGAUAAAUAUGUCACUGCCCUGUAUUUCACCUUCAGCAGCCUCACCAGCGUGGGCUUUGGCAAUGUCUCGCCCAACACCAACUCCGAGAAGAUCUUCUCCAUCUGUGUCAUGCUCAUUGGCUCUCUGAUGUACGCCAGUAUCUUCGGCAACGUCUCAGCCAUCAUCCAGCGCCUCUACUCAGGCACAGCACGCUACCACACGCAGAUGCUGCGGGUCAAGGAGUUCAUCCGCUUCCACCAGAUCCCCAACCCCCUGCGCCAGCGCCUGGAGGAGUAUUUCCAGCAUGCCUGGUCCUACACCAACGGCAUUGACAUGAACGCGGUGCUGAAGGGCUUCCCCGACUGCCUGCAGGCCGACAUCUGCCUGCACCUGAACCGCACGCUGCUGCAGAACUGCAAAGCGUUCCGGGGAGCCAGCAAAGGCUGCCUGCGCGCCCUGGCCAUGAAGUUCAAAACGACUCACGCACCGCCCGGAGACACCCUGGUGCACUACGGAGAUGUCCUCACCACACUCUACUUCAUCUCCCGGGGUUCCAUUGAGAUCCUCCGGGAAGACAUUGUGGUGGCCAUCUUAGGGAAGAAUGACAUCUUUGGGGAGCCCAUCAGCCUCUACGCCCGCCCGGGGAAGUCCAACGCCGACGUGAGGGCCCUGACCUACUGCGACUUGCACAAGAUCCAACGCGAGGACCUGCUGGAGGUCUUGGACAUGUACCCAGCCUUCUCUGACAACUUCUGGAGCAACCUAGAGAUCACCUUCAACCUACGAGAUGCAGACAGCGUUCCCCGCUCACCCCUCAGCGAGGAGUACGACUGCACCUACCGCCGGGCUCGCCGCCGCAAGCACUCCCCUUGCCAGCCCAGCAAGCCUGACCCAGACACGGGCAUCUCUGAUGCAGAGCAGUAUCACACCUACUCCGAGCUCACCAACCCGCAGGACCCGCUGAGUAAGGACCAGUGGGACGACCUGGGCAGCAGCACCUCUCCCUGCUCCCAGGCCAGUGACGAUGAGGCCAAGACUGGCAGCCCUGUGAAAGCUGAGCCCUUCCCCACAGCCAAAAAGGAUGACUUUGCUCUGCCCUCGCUCAGCCUCAUCACCACCAGCGCCGGCAACACGGAGGUCGGCAAGCAGGCAGCAGAGAGCAGCCAGUCCUACACAGCCACUCCCCUGGAUAUCCCCAGCAUGUUCAGCUUCUGGGAGGAUCGGCAGCCGGCCCACCCUGCGGAGCCUCUGCAGCACAUCUCGCUGGUGCACAGCUCGCGGGACGUGCCCCUGCACAGCGACGGCAGGCCGGGGCAGAUCGAGUCCAGGCUGGAGCUCCUGCAGGCCCAGCUCAGCAGGCUGGAGUCCAGGAUGUCGUCAGACAUUCAUAUAAUCCUCCAGCUCCUGCAGCGCCAGCUGUCCCAAGUGCCACCCGCGUACAGCCCCAUCUCGCCGACCUCCCACAGCCUGGCCAUGUACGGCAUGGCCCCGCGGAGCCUGGAGCCGCUCGCCCCCUGUGCGCCUCUGGAGGAGCAGGAGCUGCCGACCCAGGAGCAGAGCCCGAGCUACACGGAGGUAGAAAAGUUCCACUUGAAAUCCAGGGACUCCUUGUCAAGCGGGAUGCAGCUGUCCGUGUCAUCCGACAAAACCGUGACCGUCUACUCCGAGCAGGAGCACCCCUCCCCACCUCUCCCGAACCCAGAGCCUCCCCACCAAAGGGCACCAAAUACCCAGGGACUCUUGCGGGGCUCUCGUUUCCCUUCCCUCCCUGAGCACUUGGAGGCAUCUUCCGAGCACCAGGACAUUCAGAGACACCUCUCCGACCCCGUGCUUCCUGGAAGUUAGAGACGUGGGGGCUGCGGGGCGAGUCAAGAGGAACCUCAGCCGCAAACCCGGUCAGUUGACGUUGGUUUUUGACUGCAAGGGUAAGACAUCGGACAUUGGCUCAGGGGUAUCAUUUGUAGCUAUCUUCUGCCACCGUGACAGGAAGUAUAGAGUGGCUGGCUUCCAAGGUCGACGUUUUCCAGCGGUUCCCAAUAGAGUAGAUUUCAUUUGCACAUUAGAGUGAACCUAGAACAGUUCUUGCGGCCGCCAUCGAGCUGGUUAGGCCACGUGGUUCCCACCACCUCCUCCUUGCCAAGGCUUCUUCUCGAGAAGGGCACGAGCCGAGCGAGCCACAGCGACCGCAGGGGAGCCAAUCCAGGGCUCUGGGCUGCGAGGCCGCCGUGCUGGAAUCCUCGGGAGCAGGGAGCACUGUGUUGGUACAAGGCUCAGCCCAGCAGAGCCCGCAGGUGUUACAGAAGGGUGGGUCACCAGAGGAGGAGUGUGAGAUCUCCACGGUGUGGUCCAGGGGAAACUGCAGGUGGCAAGCCCAGGACAAGGACAGAGGACAGAAGUUUGUCCUACUUGAUUGCCACUGAGAAGUGAAGGGCCAACAGCCCCUGCCACCUCAGCCUGCUUCAGCACAAGUCCCAGAGCACUGACUCCUCCAGCAAGGCUGAUCGCACCUUGCAAACCCCAACACGCAUCCCACAGCUCACCAGGUAAAUCCAACUCGCCACUGGCCUGGGCAUAAAGCACAAAAUUCAAAAGCACAAUCCCAGAAAGCUGAAGAGCCCCAGACACCCCGUGCCCAGUCCUCCCUCCCAGCCUCCCUCUUUUGAUAAAGGUUCAAUAGGUGCUUCCUCCUGCCCACCCCUUCUCCCGGCAGACUCCGCAGCAUUCCCGUAGGAGAAGCCCACGUAGCGCCGCCGCCUCGCCGCUCGGGUAGAUGCUGUGAUAGUCCUAGGCCGCCAGCUCAAGUAAUGUAUCAAGCUCCCUCCGAGAGUAGUCAAACUGUGAGCAUCUCUUUCUCUGGAGUUUUAGUGUACACUUUGCUAAUAAAGAUGUUUUUGGCACCUAA